CCGGGAGUCUAUUGUCUCCCCAGUUUGACUGUGUGCCUGCAGGAUCUCAGCCACCAUCACAAUGGCACCCAAAAAGGCCAAGAAGAAGGAGUCGGCCAGCUCCAAUGUGUUCACCAUGUUCGAGCAGUCUCAGAUUCAGGAAUUCAAAGAGGCGUUCACCAUUAUGGACCAGAACAGAGACGGAUUCAUUGACAAGAAUGAUCUCAGAGACACUUUCGCCGCUGUAGGUCGUCUGAACGUAGGGAGCGAUGAGCUUGAUGACAUGCUAAAGGAAGCUCCAGGUCCUAUCAACUUCACAGUGUUCCUCAGCAUGUUCGGCGAGAAGCUCAAAGGUACUGACCCAGAGGAGAACAUUCUGAACGCCUUCAAGAUCUUCGACCCAGAGGGAACCGGUGUACUAAAAGGAGAUGAGAUCAAGUUCUACCUGAUGACUCAAGCAGACAAAUUUACAGAAGCUGAGAUGGCGCAGAUGUUGCAGAUGUUCCCUCUGGACGUUUCUGGUAAUCUCGACUACAAGAAUCUCUGCUAUGUGAUCACACACGGAGAGGACAAGGAGCAGGAGUGAUGAGACAGGGAAAUAAACUUUGAUUUAUAAUGCCAUUCAUUGAUGUCAUUGUUGUUACAUAUUGUUAGUACGUUUGUGGAUAAGCUUUGAAGACCAUUGUGUGUGUUAUGGUAAAACUCUGAAGAUGGAUAAAGACUCUUGGGAUUGUACAAAGCC